GGCAAGACAAUCCCAGAAGCGCGACACAGCGCGCACGAGCGCGUGAAUGCGCACAGCGGGCCGGCGCUGUGCAGUCGGGACGGGUUAGCCAGCCGUACGGAUCCGUACGCAUAACGGCGACAAUGGCGACGGCGUCCUCAUUGGCUCUGGGCUGUGGUCCACUCGCGCGGAAGACCUCCGCUUGUGUUCCUCCCCAGGGGCGUGCUGAUGGGCAGGGGGCGGAGCGCGCCGAGCGAGGGGCGGUGGGCGGGGGAGGAGGGGAAGUUGCGCGGCUGGGAGGACAGUGGGCUUGUUGCGAUCGUGCGAUCUUGGCGGGAACGAAUACGAAAUCCAAAAGGAACCGGCGCCAAAUUGCAUCCUUUCGCACUUCCAGCAAAUGCACCGGCGCGAAGCCGAAGAGCGGGAGAUGGAGAGGAGGGUGGAGGGAGGGGGAGGAGUCCUCUCUCUCCUCUUGUUUGACGCCCGGGCACGCCGUCGGUAAUGCCGAUGCCAAUGGCGUCGGAAAUGUGACCAUAUGCGCUGCAUCAGGGAGGACUGGGGAUUGCCUCGGGAUUGCCGGAGACGAAGGAGAAGGUCGUGGAUAUGGCGGUGACAUGGAGGACGCGGAGGACGAGGAGGCGGCACUGCUCACUGCGGAAAUGAUCGGCAGAAUGAACGGUGCAGAUGAAGAGGGAGAAAAGCAGGGUGAGACAGAGAGGAGGGUCAAUUCGCCCCUGUCCGCCGUCGGCCGAAGGGCGGCAUUGAUGAUGACGGGAAAUCUGACGGCUGCCAUCGCCUCCGUCUCCUCCAUGAGGGGAAGUUGGCCGUCAUGGAAGAGUUCCAGCGAUGCUUUGGCAGACGAAGCCGAAGCCGAGGAAGAAGUUCUAUGGGAAAUUGUCGCCCCAGAUGAGGUUGCAGAGCAGACGGCUAUGGAGCUCAGCAGCAGCAGCGAUGGGAGUGAGGGCAGUGCUGAUCUGGCUGUGGAGGCCAAUUCCUCGGCGGACACGUCAGCAGACAGCUCAGGAGCAACUUCACCGGAAACUUCAGUGGAAGCUUCAGCUGAAUCUUCGACGGAGACUUCGGUGGCGCCAGAAUAUGCAUCCGAGCAGCCUAGCGACGGUCCCAGAGUGACAGCCAAGGUCUACUUGGACAUUUCCGCUGAAGACGAGCCACUAGGACGUAUCGUUAUUGGACUAUACGGCCAGGAUGCUCCCAUCGGCGCUCAGCGCUUCACAGAUCUUGCUGCUGGCAAGGGAGGCAUUAGCUACAGACGCAAAAUUUUUGACAAGAUUACUCCAUCCUUCAUUCAGAAUGCAGGGGUGCGCUUCAACGUCAGUGCCCAGACUGCUGACAAUGAAUCCAUUGCAGGUGGACCAUCAGCCCUUCCCCUGAUUGAAGAAAUGAAGCAACAGCAGAACCGACAGGGAGGAGCAAUUGGAAAUCAGAAGGGAUCAGUAUCCCUUGUGGCAUUAGCUCUCAACAGAGAACCGCCGAAGCAGAAGCUCAUUGCCAAGAACGGCAAACUGGUGGUGGUUGAGGAACCAGGAGUACCGGACCCGAAUGGGACCGAGUUUGCGAUACUCAGAGAAGAUGCGCCGGAACUCGAUGCUACAAAUAUCGUAGUUGGAAGGCAGUCUUCGUCAGGGGCAAGGAGGAUGGCGCGGCUGGACGACGACGAUGGUGGCGCGCUGGAGGGCAGCAAGGUGAUGACGACGAUGGCUCGGCAGGGCGAAGAUAACGAUGGCGCGGACGACCAUGCAACAACGGCGGGGAAACAACAAGCUGGUGCGGGGGGGUAGGGCGGAGGGGCGCAGGGCCGCGUUGUCUUUGCUUGCGUGGGGAGGAGGUCAAUCCUUCCGUUAUUUUGGGAAGUAAUCAAUGCCUUCUGCUCCU